GUGUGCGUUUACUUUUUGUUUGCAAAGGUUUCUCGGCCACGAGUGAAAGUUUUCGUAGAAAUUUGAUUUGGUCGUAGAUUGGACUCAAGGAGCGACACGUAAAACAUGUAAAGAUUUCUGGAGGAUCGUAUAUUUCAAACGGUUGUAUAGUUUAUACCGCGGUAGAUUGUAAUCGAAGUUCUCAAAAUGCCACCAAAAGCCUUGUCGAAACAGAGGAGGAUCGCUCUGAUGGGAUUCCGUAGUGUUGGCAAAUCUUCACUGACCAUCCAGUUUGUUGAGAACCAGUUUGUGGACUCCUACGACCCAACGAUAGAGAACACUUUCAACAAAACAAUGAAGAUGAAAGGUCAAGAAUACUCCCUUCAGCUGGUUGACACAGCUGGUCAGGAUGAAUAUUCCUUGUUACCUCAGUCCUAUUUUAUGAACAUAGAUGGUUAUGUUUUAGUCUACUCUGUCAACUCACAAAAGAGUUUUGAUGUAGUUCACGCUAUUUAUGACAAGAUAGUGGACAUGAAAGGAAACACACAAGUUCCACUUGUGCUCGUAGGCAACAAGACAGACCUCAGGAUGGAAAGGGUUGUAAGUAUCGAGGAUGGCAAGAAGCUAGCAGACACGUGGAAGGCAUCUUUUCUUGAAGCUUCUGCUAAAGAAAAUCAUAGUGUUACAGAAAUCUUUCACCAGAUUUUGCUGGCUAUAGAAAAAUCAGAGGGCACUGUACCAGAGAAGAGUGGCUGUGUGUUGUCUUGAAUAGUGGAGCUGUCGUCAAGGUGUCCUCAGAACUCCUGCACCAUACACAUAUAUCUGUUACCCUGACCCAGUGCAUUGACAGUACUGAAGUCUGUUCACCACUCACUGUACAUCCACGUACAUUGACGAUCGCAACUUUUUACAUGAACUCCAUAUCCAUAUCACUGAUAUCGUACAGUGACCCUGGAAAAGUGUUUUGAGGCGAUGACUGCUGCAGAUUUCACAGCUAAUUAGAGGUGCUACGAAACUGAUGUUCUCUGGAACGUGAUCAGUCAUCAUUAUAUAUUCGUGUGUGAGGAACGCUUGUGAGCUGGUUGGUGGAUAUAGUGCUGCCUUUCUGCCAGCAGCAUUGUUAGCAAUCAUGUAUGUUUGUCCUAUAGACAUGACAAAUAUCCAGAUGUUCUUGUCUUCAUCCUUCAUCAGUCGUCUCAAAUCAUGGAUAUGGGCUUAUAAGAUCUGUUUGUUAGGCACAGUUUUUAGUUAGUUGUGGUUAUGUGCUGUUAGAUUCGCUUAAGGUUGUUGUGGAAGAGGUCUCCCAUCUUGGGUUACAUGAGUUACAUAUACCUUCAAGUCGAAUGAUAACUGGGUGGUGGUUGACCUGAUGAUUUUAGAUCUGUGGUUAAUGUGUUUAUUGAUUUGUUUCACACUGUUGUGAAAAGUUAAAUCCAUUAAUUGUACUAAGAUUCCUGGAAAACUAUUUAAGAAAGCUACAGAAGGGUGUAUUUGCAAGAUUUUCUUACAUGGCAUCAGAAUUCAUCAAAUUUUAAGCGUUUUUUUUUUUUAAGUAUGUUUUGCCAUGCCAAUAUUUUUGUGGGCCUUAUGGCAUCAAAUGCUAUACACAUGUAUAUAUUUUGCAAUGACCAAUGCAGAGAUUAAGUUGUAAGACUAUAGCUCUACUUAAUCUUGUCAUGUCAGCCACUGGGCUUUACGCAUCGGUAUGUUACAUGUACAUGCCAGAUAAGACCAUUGUACAUGUGGUGAGUCAGAAAUCGACAUGUGUGUUUAAUUCACAAAAUGUAACAUGCGAGAAGCUAGAAUAAAUAACCCAGGUUUUAACUCACCAUCUAUCACAUUUGGAUUUUGAGAUUGUCAGUGUGUCUUUUUCUUUGUGGGGUUGGGGUGGGGGGUCAAUUUGAUGAAUAAAUUUGUAACCUGUGUACAAAAUGCAAGAACUGAUUAACCAUUGCAACAACCAUGUUGAGUGUCGGCCUUUGCUUAUAGUGUUUGUUGUGGUAUAUAUUCUCCUCAGCUGUGAAUAUAUAAUCAGCCUAGACUAACUGAACAGUGUACUGUAGUACUGCUUCAACAGUGUAACUACCCAUCCUUGAUGGCUUGGCUAUAGGGCUUCAUGUACAACACAUAUCUUACUGUGUAAUAUACAUUGUCAUAGCUUCUGUCAUAGACUGCACAUUUCGUUAAAAUACAAUGCAGAUCAUUUCAAGAAAACUGGCUUCUACUCCUUCCAUCAUUCCUUUUGAUCAGUGCUUCAAUAAAUAUAUAUCUUAGCAAUCUUUAUUAUUACAUUUGUGUAAUUGUUAAUCCUUAUUCAUUAUAUCUUUAUCUUCACAUGUAGAAUUUUAAUAUGUUAAAAUGUUCCAUUGGCACCUAUGAAAUUGCUGUUGGUAUUUUACAUUAUUUGUUGUGAACGUCUGCAGUCAGCCUGACUUUAAUGUGUGGACCUUGUCGUAGGCUGUCAAAUCCUGACUAAUGCGUCCGUUUUUUCAAAUCUAGCUCAUGCUGGUUCAGCUGUAGUUUUAAGGUGGGAGUUAUAUCCUGGCAAGGUGCAGUGUUUUUUUCUGCUUAGUUUCAUCCUCUUGAAAACCUGACAGCCAUUGUGUAAUUUUUUUUAUUUUUGUGUAUGGUGUUCAAUCCUAAUCAGGGAAAUAAAUUGUGACAUUUAAAGAGCUCUUUUCGGGUUUCUGACCUCCAUUAAUGGAGCAAUGGAAUAUUGUUCUAUUGGGAAAGUACGCCAAGAUGUUCAAAAUGUGGCUUAAAUUUCUUAUUUGAAAUGCAUGUUAUAUGCUUUCAACAAGCUUGUGUGAAAAGGGUUCUGUUCUAGAAAUAUUGUAGUCACCUAUAAUUUCUGUGGAAAACAAUUUGCAUAGUUCGAGAGUCUUACGAAUACACUUGUACAUGUAUAUUGAAGCUCCAUGAAGUGAUCGUUAAAGGAAAGCAUGCUUUUACAAUAUUAUGUGAUCAGGAAAGAAAGAGCUUUUGUUCUGGUAUGAACAUCUCCAUGCACCCAUUUCAUACAUGUGACUGUCGAAAUUUAACUGUCAGCUGAAUUUUAUUGUGUUGCAGUUCACAAAAAGUUUAAAAAUUACUAAUGAAAAGCAUAAUAGUCUGUUAUUACUAGAUGCAGCAUGUAAGCUUUGAACUGGACCAAUAACUGUAUGAGGUUAGCAAGAAAUGACUAAGUGUGACAGUGUUAUGUCUGUGUUCUCAGUUUAUCAGGGAAUUUGAUCAGUUUGGGCAAAUUUCAAGCAUGUAUACACAAUGUGCAAGGAUUAGAAUUUUGGUAAAAUGAAUACAGCCAGAGAGAAUACCCCUGUACUUCUGCUGUAUUAAAGUAGAACGUUAUCUAAGGAGAUAUGCUCUCAGAUGGAGUCUGGAAAUUUUGCUUCAUAAAUGACUACUCCAGUGAUUGGUGACAUAGACGUUACCAAAUACAAACAUAAACUCACUUUAUGUGUACCUUAUUCUGAUCUUGAUAAAAUUUGCCACGUUUCGUUAUGUUUACGAUUUUUGGAAAAUAAAGCAGGCUAGACCCUAAGCUAUAUAGAAGUUUGAUUACUAUAAAUAAUAUACAUUGUGAAAGUUUACAUUUGUAUUGUAUGGUUAUAGGGCAUACAAUUACUAAAAUAGCUUGUGUACUAGUACUGCUUAUAUGUAGGCCACAAGCAUCAAGUGGAGAAAAUAUUUCAGCCAGAGUCGGGACAAAAAAAUGUUUUGCUUUGAAGUAUCAAACAUGCUGAAGAUUAGAACUUGAGAUCUCAAAAAAAGGCUAAAUUCAUCUUGCAGUGCAUUAACAUUGACCUGUUUUAAUGGACAACUAAGUUAUACACCACAGUCAAUUAUUCCAUGAUGUACCAUCAUGUAAGACAUAGUCUUUACCCUGUUAAGAUAAGCCAUUACUUUACCUAAAUUUUCAUCCAUGGCUCAUCAUGCCCAGUACUGUACACUGAGAGUUCUGUUGAUGGUGGAAAGGUGUUUUACAGUUUGUUUGGAUGGUAGGGCGAUAUUCUAUGGGAAAAAAGAAUGUUUCUGUACCCAAAGAAAUAUAAUAUUGUUUAACUUUCUUUCCCUCCAAAAUGUAGUAGGUUGGAAAUUGAUCAUGACAAUUGUCACCUUAGUUUUGAGUGUAUUUGAACAUGCACACGAGAAUAACGGAAUGGUGACACUAGAUGAUGUAUUACAUUGGGCCCACUCAUGGUAUACAAUUAUUCUGAUUAACUGUGAAGAAUAAAAGUGUUCUGGGGUUGUCAGGGUUAUUUAGUAGCUAUCUAUGUAGAAAUGGUAAACAUUGUUAUUAACUUGUGCUUCUUUCUGUGUACAUAGGAUGCAUAUCUUGGUUAGGUUUGGCAUAUGUAUAUCAUGUAUCACAAACUGAAUUGCUAGAUUUAGAUAUCCCUUAUUUAAACAGGCCACUUGGUGUGAAAUAAAACUUCUUGUCAUUA